AUGGAUUGGAGUAAGCAGCUAGAAGAGAGAAAUGGCAAGGAAGAAAGCACAGAGUCUGAGGGCUGUGUUCAAGUAGCUGUGAGUUGCUGGAUUUACAAUGGCAGGCUCGGGAUGGGAGGUAAGGCUCAGAAGCAGAACAAGGUAAUGCAAAUGUGGGAUGCAUCUAAGGAUUUUAGAGGAAAUUCAGUGGAGACUCACUUAGCAGGACUUUGUUG